UAUGGCUACAGCACAAGCAGCACCAACGCGUUCAACGAUAAAUUUAAAGGGAUCGACAAAAAUUGUCACAGAAUUCUUUAGUUAUGCAGUUAAUAGCAUUCUGUUCCAAAGAGCUGUCUAUCCUCCGGAAGAUUUCUCUAUGGUGAAGAAGUACGGUUUGAAUAUGUUAGUAACAAAUGACGACGGUUUAAAGACAUACAUCCAUAAGGUUAUCUCACAACUCAGUGAAUGGCUCCUUGGUAACCAAGUCAGCAAGUUGGUACUCGCUAUAGUCAGCAAGGAAUCCAGGGAAACUCUCGAGAGAUGGCAAUUCGAUAUCCACAACACUGCUAAUGAAAACAGUGAAAACAAAGAUAAGCAAAACAAACCAAAAACUGAGAAAGAAAUACACGGUGAAAUCCAAGCUAUUAUUCGUCAGAUUACUGCAUCUGUUACUUUCUUACCAAUGAUUGACGAACCAUGUGCAUUUAACAUCUUGAUAUAUACAUCCGACACCGAAGAAGCCAAAACGAUGGAAGUAUCGGAUUUAUGGGUUGACGCUGAUCCACAUCUCAUACAAUCUGACAAGACGGAGCAAGUUAGAUUGCGUUCAUUUGAUACGUCAGUACAUAAAGUAGAAGCACUCGUCGCAUACAGAGUAGGUGAGGAAGAGGAGUGAUUGAUCUAUGUAUAUAUAUAUUAC